AUGUUUGGCAACGAGCGGCUCGGUGGGACGAGCAGCGGUGAACCGAAGUGCUACAAGGAACAGACCACCAAAGAUCCGGACUCCAACGGGACCCCAACCAGCCUGCCCGGUGACACACGACCCUCGUUUGCGUCCGUCUUUACGAUCGAAAGUAUUCUCGGUUUGAACCAGGAUGGUCUCGACAGUAAGUCGGGUGGUGCCCUGAACGAGAAGCUCCUAUCGCCGGUCCCGCAACGGCUCGAUGCUGGUCCCUACGAACUGGAACACCACACCAAGCAGAGCCUCUCGAGCUACCUGCGUUGCACCGCGGCCGGAACGUUCCACCUGCCAACGUCCUCCGAGUCGAGCAUGCUCUCAACGAACAUUCUUGGAAUAGCCUAUCCAUCGUCCUGCCACAGCUAUCUGCAGCCGCAGGACCUGUUCGCGGCCCAUCUGCACCAGCAGGUCGGACUGGUGGCGUGCGGAAACGGCAGCUUCCGGCCACGCUAUCCCUUCCUGAACGCGGACUCGCACAUCAAGCGGAAGCGCCGCCACCGGACGAUCUUCACCGAGGAGCAGCUCGAGCAGCUGGAGGCCACGUUCGACAAGACGCACUACCCGGACGUGCUGCUGCGGGAAAAGCUGGCAAUCAAGGUGGACCUGAAGGAGGAGCGGGUCGAGGUUUGGUUCAAGAACCGGCGCGCCAAGUGGCGAAAGCAGAAGCGCGAGGAGCAGGAGCAGUUCUCCAACUACGAAAUUAAUAAUAAGAUUAGGAAACUUAUCAACAUCCCGGUGUCGACGCAGGAGAAGCUACGCCAGCUGCAGACGGGCAUCUUCGCCAAGGACUCCAAGCUGCUGCCGAAGUGCGACGAGCUGAGCAACAGCAAUAGCGACGCCUCGGACGUCGAGGUGGUAUGA